UUUUUUAAAAAAACAUAAGCCCAUUACUUUUUUUCUUAAUACUACUAUCCUUGUUUUCAAACAAAAAUAUUUUUUUUUAAAAGACUGCAAUCCAUGUUUCCAAACACUCCAAAUUUUUAAAAGUCCUAUUCAAGUUUCCAAACACUCCAAUUUUGUACUUGAGUUUAAUAAGAUAGAUAAUAUUAUUUUUAGUAACUAGUAUUUCCUCUGUUUCGUAAAUAAUUUUUUUUUUACAUAUUUCACGUAGAUUAAAAAAUAAUAAAAUAUAUUAGUAUAUCUUUAUUUAAAUAAAAAAUUUAAAUAAACUUCUAUUUAUUAGCGAAAAUGGUAAGAAAUAGAUUAUGUAUAAAAAAUUGCAUGGGACAUUUAAAACACUUUUUGAAACAAGAAAAAAAAUGCUAUAAUCUAUACUAUUAAAAGGGAAGCAGUCUUUAAAAAUAUAUUUAUAAAAAGGUUGUUGGACCCUUUUAUUAGAAUGUUAUAUUUUAUAUCACCUUAAUUAAUCAACUCCACAAAAUAUGUUUAAUAUUUGUGCCAAACUAAAAGAUUCUGCCACCAGAUUUUAUGCUUAUUAACAGAAAAUAAUUACAAUAACAUUUAUUUUCAAAUACCAGAAAGAUAAUGUUUAGAUAUAGUUUAUAUUGUCAGCUAUGAUGAUCAUUUAUCCGCUAAACAUAAAGGCUGAUUUACAACAUUUAUUAACAUAUUAUAUGAACCAAUUUUUUUUUAUCCAGAAUGUAAAACUUUUAUAUAAAACAUAAUGUAUAGAAACAUGACAAUACUUUAAAGUUUUUUAAUUAUAUUCAAAAUUUUAUGCGUAUACACGAAAUAUGUUUCUAAAAAUCUAAUAUUUUAUUUGAAAUCUGAAACAUUAACCGAAAACCGAAUCUGAAACACAAAACAAUAAUCGUGAUACCGAAGACAUAUUUGAAACAGAAAAAUAUAUUUAAUAUACACAAUACAUUUUAGAUACUCAGGAUACCGUUUCAGAUCUCUGUAAUCCAAACCUAAACCGACAUUGCGGGUCUGAAAUAUAUCCAAUAGAUACUUUGCCGUAGACUUGGAUAUGAACCGAUUCGGAUCGGUUUUUGUUCGAACCAAACAAAAUGUUUGGACCUAAGAAAGAGUUACAUAACAAUAUACAUACAAAAUUUUAAAUAAGUUAAUUCAUAAAUCAUAUAAUUUUAUAAAAUUCUAUGUUUUGAUAUAAUCCAAUAUUGUAACAUAAUAACAUACAAAAAUCAUUAACAUUAUUAAACUUUUUAUUGUAAGAAAACUCGCGCUUUGGAAGCGCGGGUCAAGAUCUAGUAACACUUUUUAAGAAAUAGAGAGAAUACUAAGUUACAUUUUAGGAAGUAAUAAAAAUUAUUUAUCAUAUAAACGUAUUAUAUACGAUAUCACACGUAGAAAAUACUAUUUGCAAUUCACACUGGAAAUAGUAAAAUAUAUCACAUAUAGGAGCAUUGCAAAAACAAGACUUAUCUUGUAAAAAUUCCAAAAUAAUAUUGUUUCAUAUACCACCAGUUUACCAAUGUCCCGUAAUGUUCAAGAAGUUAUAAUCUUAAAUUUAAUCAAUAAUCAAAUGAUAUACCGAAACUGGUUGUUCUGAAAAGGUAUUUAUGUUGGUGAUUUCUUUUUGAAAAUUGAUCCACCAAACGUGAAAUUAAACAAAAUUUCUCUAAAUCUGUUAUGACUAUUAACUUAUUAGUUGAAAUACUUUUUUGGCAAACCUUUUGAUGAAUUAGCAUAUCAAUCUUAAACUUUUUUGUUUUCUGUAUCCUUUUUAAUAUACCGAUUCAAUUGUUCCUAUGUUUUUUUAUGGGGAAUUAGAGUGCAUAACUAUAGGGAAAAUAGAAACUAAAAUUCUAAUCACAGGGGAAGUUAAGCUACAAUGUAGAACUCAUAUUUAUGGAUAAUGACCAAAAAACCAGAAGCUGCGCGUAAGAUAGGGGUGGGCCCACUAGUUUCUACGGUUUUACUUUGCGAGAGUGAGGGUGUUCGAGAAGCUAUUUAGGGUUCUUGUGGUGAUUGGUUGUGGCGGUUGUAUUGUGGGUGAUUAUAUAUGCAAGAUGUUUGGUUCGUUGGAUUGGAGAUAGUGAUAAAGAAGCAGAGGAUAAAUUGAAUUGGGGAAGAUGAACAGUAAUGUUGUGCAACAUAUUCUAUUCUAUUUUAUAAUUACAGUAUAGUAUGCUAAUUCUUCUCUUUCUCUUCGGCAAAGUGUAUUUCCUUCGCUUUCUAAUUCUUCUCUUUCACUUCUCCAUCAGCUUCAUUGUCCUAUUUUUCAGCACCACCGCCACUAAUAACCAUCUCAGAAUUAGAUGGUGGGUAGCAUUGGAGAAGAAAAACAAUGCUCUUUGUUAAUAUGUUUUAUUUUGCUAUUGUGUUGAAUGAAUGCUCUAAGUUAAUGGAGAUUCACAUACAUGUUUGUAUUCACAGUUUAUAUAGCUUUCAUACAAUAUUUGAAUAAACAUUACAUUAUAGUAUACAAAUCUAUUCAUCAAAAUAGUAUAGUUUCCUCCUAUAUCGCUUUCACUCUUACACUCCCUCCUACUCUUUCUCUCCUCCCCUCCCUUCCCCGGUCUCUCUCUGUCUCUCUCUUCAUUCCUCCUUCCUUUCCUACAUACUUCUAUCUUUCCUCCUUCCUCCUCCUCCCCUCCUGCUCCUCACCCUCUCCAUCUUCCUCCUUUCCCAUUCAUCAAUAUAAUAACUAUCAUCAAUUCCCAUACUAUUCUAAAUGAAAUAUAGUAUAUUUUAGACCUUCAAAGUUAGGGUUUAGGUAGUUCCGUUAUGGGCGAUAGUUUGGUUUUACAAUUUGGAUUUAGGGUUUGGGUUAAGGGUUUACAGUUUGGGCUUAGGGCUUAGAGUUUGGGUUUAAGAGGGUUUUGGGUUAGGGUUUGGGUUUAUGGUCUACGGUUUGGGUUUAUGGUUUAGACCUUCAAACUUAGGGUUUAGAUAGCUCUGUUAUGGACGAUGGUUUGGUUUUACAAUUUGGGUUUAGGGUUUGGGUUAAGGGUUUACGGUUUGGGUUUAGGGUUUAGAAUUUGGGUUUAGGGGGUUUAGGGUUUAGGUAGCUCCGUUUGGGUAUAUGGUUUGGGUUAAGAAUUUGUGUUUAGGGUUUGGGUUUAUGGUUUAGAGUUUUGGUUUAGGGUUUAGGUAGCUCCGUUAUGGUUUACGGUUUGGGAUAAGAAUUUAGGUUUAGGGUAAACGGUUUGGGUUUAGGGUUUAAUGGUCUACCGUUUCGGUUUAGAGUUUAGAGGCAAUUAUUCGUGUGUUUGCCUUCUCUUCUGUGUGUUUAUAUCGCCUCAAUCCAAGUCAUAACAUUAGGCUACUGCAACUUGUCUGAACGCAUGUAUUGAGGAUCUAGCUUCUUUGUCUAAACUAUACCAUAUAUCGUAUAGUAUAGAUUUGUUUGGGUCACUUUCUACACAUGUAUUGGAACAUUACCAAAAUGUGGGCAUAGUAUAUUGAAUAUAGGGUAGUCUCGUUCCCGUGCAUGGGUAUAUUGUAUAUUUUCGGACUUUCGAACCCCUUAUGAAUACACAUUUACCAAUUGUUGUGACUUUGUGUGUGGCAGAACUUAACUAGACUACAUAGACUAUAAUAUUGUAUUGCCUUUUCGUUUUUUUAUAACCCAACAUGUGGGCACACAUUAAGCACAUGUGUUUUUAACUUCACUCCUCUCUCCACGCACACGCGCUUGCAAGGUUAUUCCUGACAUUAUUGGGUGUAACUAGUUCCUUCAGAAACUUUCCACUGUAAAAUAGCUAUAAACUUAAUAUUAGGGUCUAAUAUAAAUAUUCAUCAAAUUUACCCUUUUUUUAUUAUACUUUAAGUGACUAUAUUCAAUUUUCCUUGGUGGUAAAUCCUCAAAAAGCCAUCACCACCAGGUCAACGAACCACUAGACUAAGAUGACAAAUAUACUACUCAAUGAACCACUAGACUAAGAUCACAAAUAUAUUAAUAUUUUCCAUUUUGGCAUUUUAAUAUUUAUAUAUAUAUAUAUAUAUAUAUAUAUAUAUUGGCUGGUUUUGAUGAUGUCAACUGAAUUUCGCCAAAAUUAAAGCAUUCAUGUGGUUUAGAACCGCCUGAAUUUAUCUUAAUCAUUGGUAUGUUUUAGGUAUAUUUAUUCAUUUUGUUUAGCACAAAUAACUUUUUGUCAUUAAUUAGAUCGACAAGCCAGCUUUACAAUACAGAAAACAUAAUUUAUUGAAAUUGAACUUUGAUAGAACAUAUCGUAAAGGUAGAUACUUAACCGAUCGACUAAAAGCAUGCUGACAUUUAACCACUUGACUAAAAACAUUUUGUAUCACCCAAAUAGUUUAUAUUGCAACUGGUAUGUUUUUUUUUUCAACUGCAACUGGUAUGGUUAACAAUACCUUAUUACCUGUUGUUGGAAAGGCGGACCCCACUUACAAAAUUAUGGGUCUAUUGUCCAGUUAAAAUAUAAAGUCUUCAUAGUUUUUGUACAGAUUUAGGAAUAUAGCCAGUAUUAAUUUUAUGUGUUUGACUCUCAUUAAUUUCGCACUCUUUCUUUUUCCAACAAAAAAACAUAUAAAAUAAAUUUUAUGUAUUCUUCUUUUUAUUAUUAAAAAAUAAAAACAUUUAGUCUCCACUUUAUCUAUAAUAUAUGUAUCAAUCAUUUGAGCUCUCAAUCAAAAUAAAUUUUGUCCAAUUAAAAUGUUAUUCCAAAUUUUAGGUGAUAAAAUACCUUGUCAUUUUCUAAAAAUGUGGGUUUGUGUUCUCUUACAUUUAAGUUUUCAUAUGUUCUUUUAAAAAAAUAUUGAGUUCUAUAAUUUUAUAUGUUCUCUUAAAUUUAUUUUAUUUGUUCAUUUAAAUAUAAUUAUUUUUAAAAAGAAAAUAUCUAAAAAAUCUGAACCAAUCAUAUUUUCGACUACCAACCGGACGAAACUUAAUAUUCUUCCCUAUUAAGUGUUGUUUUAGAUUUUCAAUUUUAUUUGAUUAUUAGUGUCGUUUCACAUUUCUAAUGCAUAUUUUAAACAAAUAUUUUAAUUUUUACUGUUAUUUUUAAUUUGUUAAUUAAUAAAACCAAAAAAAAAAUUACACUAAAUAAGGGGAAAACAGAAAAUUGUUAAAUUUUCUUAAUUUGUGUGCAAAAACUUUAAACGAUACUUAAUAUGAAACAUAAAGAGUAUAUACUAGUAUAAUUCAUUUUGACUCCAACAAACUUUAGUGUCGCCAUUAUGUACAAGCGUCCCUAUUUAAGACCCAAAUGUGCUUAUAACCUAAUCAAUCACCUAAAUAAGAAAGACACUAAAACAUACAAUAAAAAACAAAAACGUAAAUAAUAACCUAUGGAUAGGUCAAUAGAGACGGCGGAGAGAAUUCUCCGGCAACCUUUGGUGGAUCCGACGGACUCUGAGCCAAAACCACUGAGGGACGUCAAAUCACUCGAGAGCAUCUUGACGGAGAGCAGCCUUCCGUCACGGAGGCGCUUGUACUUAGGGGCGCGUAUAGAAAUGAAACUUCUCUUUCGAUUGGCACUUCCGGCGAUAUUGGUCUAUUUGCUCAACAGCGGAAUGAGUAUCUCGACCCGUAUCUUUGCCGGACAUAUCGGCAGUCAAGAACUCGCAGCCGUGUCCAUCGGCAACAGCUGCUUUAAUCUUGUCUAUGGCCUCAUGUUAGGUAUGGGAAGUGCAGUCGAGACACUAUGUGGACAAGCAUAUGGUGCCCACCGAUACGAGAUGCUUGGGAUCUAUCUCCAACGAGCAACGAUCGUCCUCGCUCUGGUUGGUUUGCCCAUGACAGUACUAUACACCUUCUCGUACCCGAUUCUAAUCCUACUAGGCGAGCCCAAAACAGUCUCGUACAUGGCAUCUCUAUACAUCGUCGGACUCAUCCCUCAAAUUUUCGCUUUCGCCGUCAACUUCACGGCCCAAAAGUUUCUCCAAGCCCAAAGCGUGGUGACCCCCAGCGCGUACAUCUCAGGCGCCGCCCUUCUCCUCCAGAUUUUGCUGACGUGGACCACUGUUUACGUAAUCGACCUAGGUCUUAUGGGCAUUGCUUAUGUUCUUACCAUCUCUUGGUGGUUCAUAGUUAUGUCCCAAACUUUGUAUAUUAUAACAAGUCCAACGUUCAGACACACGUGGACUGGUCUUAGUUGGAGAUCGUUCCAUGGUCUUUGGAGCUUUUUUAAACUCUCUGCUGGUUCGGCUGUUAUGAUCUGUUUGGAAAUGUGGUAUUCACAGAUUCUGGUACUUCUUGCUGGUUUGCUCAACGAUCAUGCUCUCUCCCUAGAUUCUCUUUCCAUUUGUAUGUCAAUUUCAGGAUUAUCUUUCAUGGUAUCCGUCGGUUUCAAUGCCGCUGUAAGUGUAAGGACAAGUAAUGAGCUUGGAGCAGGUAAUCCAAAAUCGGCGAUGUUCUCUUCAUGGAUGGCGACUUUCGUCUCCUUCGUGAUCUCCCUCGCGGAGGCGCUCGCCCUGAUGGCGUCGCGGGACUACAUCGGCUACAUUUUCACGUCGGAUGCUGAGGUGGCUAAGGCCGUCUCUGAGCUAUGUCCUUUUCUAGCCGUUACCAUCCUUCUCAACGGAAUCCAACCUGUCUUGUCCGGAGUGGCAGUGGGAUGUGGAUGGCAGACAUUCGUGGCAUAUGUGAAUGUUGGUUGUUACUAUGUUGUUGGUAUUCCCAUUGGUUGUGUUCUCGGGUUUACUUUCAAUUUACAAGCCAAGGGAAUAUGGACCGGGAUGAUUGGAGGUACCCUCAUGCAAACCCUCAUCUUGCUUUACGUUACGUAUCGAACAGAUUGGGAUAAGGAGGUGAAAAAGGCGAGAAAACGUUUGGAUAUGUGGGAUGACAAGAAGGAGCCACUACUAAACUAAAUUGAAAAAUGUUUGGAAGGUACAUGAAUCAUGAAUAAUAUAUGGUUCGUUAAUUUCAACUAGAAUAAUGUAUGUUUAACCACAAUUAUGGAAUAACUAAUGUAUGGUGUGACAUGCAACAACAACUGAAUGUAUGUUAUUAUUCACUGUUUCAAUUCGACCGUUCGAUGUUAGAACACAAAUUUGUUUUGACCGUUGAUUAAAGACUAGUAAAAGCUCAAACCGUUUGGACAAAAAAAGUUCGAACCGUUACAUUAUCGUUUCCGAUUUAAUUUUUUUUUUCUUUGAAAACAUUAACUAAAAACUAACUAGAAACUCCAACCGGUCUAGGAAGCCAAACCGGUGGGAUUGAAUCGACAUAAAGCAAAGCUGAAGGAGAACUCCUCACACUGCGUGCAAGCUUAUCCGCCAAAGUAUUUAGUGCUCUAAGGAUAUGUCUGAUCCGGAAGUGAGGGAAAAAAGUUUUACUGCGAUUGAAUUCUUCUAUAUGUGUAGAGAAAGCAGGCCAUUGAUCAGGUGUCGACACCAUCUUCACCAGCUGAGAACAAUCCGUUGCAAACACUACGUCAGAAAAUUGGAGGGUCUUCAUGCAUUUCAUUGCCCAAAUAGUGCUUCAAACUCAGCAUGCAAGGGUGACAAACUUCUACGAAGAUUCAUUGCCCCCAUCAUGACAUCAGUCGAUCCACUCUUUCUGCAAAACCAACCUUGUCCCGUAAAUAUGACUUCCUUUUUCCAAGUUCCGUCAAUAUAACAAACUCUAGAAACUUCCAGGUCUAAAUCCGCAGAUUGUUGUAAACUCCCAUUAUAGAAAUUCUCCCUAGGACCAUUCACGGUUAAUUGUGCCUCCAACCAUAUCUUACUUUCCACCUCGGCCAACCGCAAUAUCUCCUGUGGAUUGCUAUCCUUAUUUGAAUAAAUCUUAUCAUUCCUAACCUUCCAAAUAUACCACAAUAUCCAUGGAAAAUAAUUUAGAUCCUCCUCCUUUGGUAGUCUCCAAAAUAGAUAAUCCAUAUUAGUGAAAAUGGACAACAAUGGAAAGAUCGCUGGAGAGGAAGGAAUCCUAGAAAAUGCCCAUGUUUGUAAAGCUCGGGAACACUCGAAGAGUACAUGGUUAGUUGAUUCCUCUUCUGCCUCACACAUAUUACAUCGUGUAUUGCAAACAAUCCCUCGAGUUGUAAGAUUCUUUGAAACUGGUAAUGUGUCAGAAAGAAAUUGCCACACAAAAUGUCUCAAUUUUGGAAGACACUUCAGUUUCCGAUUUAAUAGUUCUACUUUUAUAAUUUCUUUUGUAGAAAAAGUUGUUUAAUAAUUUAAUAAUUUAACGCCGGAAGUUAUAUUCUUUUGUCAUAAUAUAAAAUAUCACAAAAAGCUAAUUUUGGGUCUUCGACCUUUUGUUUGAAGUUUUUUCACAGCUAUACAAGCCACUACCGUAUAAAAAAUGUAUUUUGCGUAACUGUGCUUUCAAAUCGUUAUACAAUAUUUUCUUUUUGAAAAUGACAAAUUUUGCUGUUUAAAAUCAAUAUGUUUGUGGAUUUUAGGUCAGAGCCUUUAUUCUUUAAUAAAUUAAGGCUAGUAAGGCUUAAACUAAAAAUGGUGCUUAAGUAAUGAGUCAAGCUGAAUUUAAGUGGAUAUCUAAAAAUGGUGCUUAAUGGACAUUUCCAGAAUAAAAAUUUAGAUUUUACUGUUACAAAAAUAAUGGUGCUAAGUCAUCAAUUCUCAAGAGUAAACAAUAAACAUGUGAUCUUCACAAAAUAGAAAAUACAAUUUUUUGGUAAAAUCAUAUAACAAUAAAAGAAUUAAAAACUAAAAAUAUUGAUUUAUUAAUGAACUAACCUUAAUUUAAGUACGUUAUAGUAAAUAUUCAAAUAAAUGAUAGGCAUGUGAUAUUUUCAAAUUAAAGAAUAAUAAGAUUUAUUUGGGAGUAAUAUUAUGAAAAGUUACUUGAAUCAUUAUUUCUAGUCAUGUCUUAUACCUUUGGCAUUAUCUUAUAGAAUUCAUUAAUUUGCCAACCUGUUAAUUGUCAAAAUGGGGUUUUGGCAUUUUACACAAACAAAAGUUAUGAUACUUGGAACCAAAUUGAAUUAGAAGGAGAUGUUCAUUUCGAGAAUAGUUAAAUAUAACAAAAAAAUUCAGUACGUAAAGAAAAGCCCAAUAUGUUGCAUAUAAAUAGGAAUGUGAAGGUAUGAAACCAAAGGCCACAGAAACUCCAAGAAAGCAAAACUUGAAGGAGAAGAAGUAGCCAAAGAAGAAUUCCAAAUACACUCAAAAGAUUGAUUUGCGAUCGUAUUCCAGAAAACAUUGAAUCUUCAAAUUUGGUUGAAAGGUAACAAAACUUCAAA